UGGUUUCCCUAAUUUGGGGAAAACACUGCAAAGAUGUUCAAGCAGCUCAGUAUCAUGAAGCUCCUAUUGCUCUUUCUUCUUUCUGUUGCUCUAGUUAAAUCUGAUGAAACUACAGACUAUGAUGAUGAAGAGGGAAAUGAUGCACCACCGGUUGAAAAUAAAGACAGCACUGUGGAUGCACGAGGUCAUAGGCCUUUGGACAAAAAACGUGAGUCACUUCCAACUCACAGGCCAGCUCCUCUUCCUCCUGUUGGUGGUAUAAGGUAUCGAGCUCGUCCAACCAAAAAACCUGUUACUGGUGAAAAGCCAGGCCCAAUCGUUUACCCUGACAGUGGAGGUUGCAAACACUUGGCAGAGGAACUGGGUGUAUUAUGCCCAACAGGUUGUGAGCUGAGAACUGAACUAUUGAAGCAAGAAAACACAGUGAAGCCAGCUAUUAAGGAUCUUACCGACAAAGCACAGAAUCUACACCAGUCGUCCUCAACUAUCAAUAAUUAUGCCCAUUUAUUGGAUGAGCGUUUAGCCAAAAGGCAGAAACAAUAUACAGAUAAUCAGAAUUUAAUUUCCCAAUACAACAGAGAACUUGAGGAGCACUACACUUUCAUCAAAGAGAAAUUAGACAAUAGUAUUCCAUCCAAUUUACGACUUCUCCGUUCAGUUGUGGAUACUUUGAACAAAAAGUUACAAAAAUUAGAAAACGCUAUUACGACACAGUUGUCUGAAUGCCAAACUUCUUGUACAGUUUCUUGCAAUGUCCCAGUUGUGAGUGGCAAAGAGUGUGAAGAUAUAUAUAGAAAAGGAGGUGAAACGUCUGAGUUGUACCUUGUUCAACCUGAUCCUUUCUUUAAACCGUUCAAAGUGUAUUGUGAUAUGACCACAGAAGAUGGAGGUUGGCUUCUAAUUCAAAACCGCCAAGAUGGGAGUGUUGGCUUUGGAAGAAAAUGGGACGCCUAUAAAAAAGGAUUUGGAAAUAUUGCUUCCAGUGGUGGAAAGAACUACUGUGACACCCCAGGUGAAUAUUGGCUUGGAAACGAUAAAAUCAACCAGAUUAGCAAAUUGGGGCCUACUGAACUUUUAAUUGAACUUGAAGAUUGGGAUGGCACUAAAGUUAAAGCUCACUAUGGAGGCUUCAGUAUUCAGAACGAAAACAACAAAUACCAGCUCUCCAUUAGUAACUACAGAGGCACAGCCGGAAAUGCACUUUUAGAAGGAGCUUCACAACUAUUUGGUGAAAACAGAACAAUGACAAUCCAUAAUGGCAUGUUCUUCAGCACUUUUGACAGGGACAAUGAUGGAUGGAUACACCCAGAUCCCAAAAAGCAAUGCUCCAAAGAAGAUGGCGGUGGCUGGUGGUAUAAUCGUUGUCAUUCAGCCAAUCCAAAUGGCAGAUACUACUGGGGUGGACACUACACUCCAGAAAUGGCAAAACAUGGAACAGAUGAUGGAGUUGUAUGGAUGAAUUGGAAAGGAUCCUGGUAUUCACUUAAACAAGUCAGCCUGAAGCUGAGACCAAUUUCCCAGUCUUAGUAACAAUGAUUAUUUCAAUAAAUAAGUGUCCGAGUUCACAUCUGUUUCAUGAUACUCAACUUUUACUUUGCAUAAAAGCAGUGAAGAACAAUAAAAUAAUUCUUCCUCGG